AUGCCAGAUAUCGAUCCUUCUCCAGGAACUCUUAGAUUCAAUCAGGUAAAUGUUACUGAAAGCUCGGACCAACCUCGUAAAGGAUCUGCUCGGUUCCUGCGGAAAUUGAAGAAUGGCUUAACUAAAAAGCUUUUUAAACGCUCCAAGCGAGCACGCAACCGCACCACUGCGGCUCACAACGUCGAAAAUGAAGGGGCUUCAUCCAGCCAGCAGGUCGAGGACACGUUGCAUCUCCAUCCUUCCAACGACAACAAGCAUCCCACCACAUCUGAGAUUCGUGACUUCGUGAACCAAGGGCUGGCCGGAGAGCCUGAUUCGCAGGUUCAGGCUGCUUCUUCUGGCGAGGAAGGAAAACCUGAUCCCCACUUAGUUGACGCUGAACUUCAGCGUGCCUGUGAUGGUACACAAAACAUGCGAUCACUCGGGAAACAUGGGACUUCUAUGGCAUCCGCCGUCGAUAAUGCCCCAGCGGAUCUUACUGUCGCCGAUGAUUUUGAGACGACGUAUCUCCAACCCCUCAAGAUUAUCGAUGCUGUCCUUGAGAAGAUCACAGACGUACAUCCGUACGCAAAGAUGGCGCUGGGUGUGCUAUCUGCUGCAUCCAAGGCACAGCGCGACCAAUCGAUUUUCAGUCUUCUCAAGAAAUUGGCCGAAGUUUACCGCUUCAUGGCUCAAGAUGACAGUCUUGAAAAAAUUGAAUCGAUGCGCGGCAUCGUCGAAAAGAUCGUUCACCAGACUCUCGAGUGUGCCCGUUUCAUCAGGGACUACUCGGAGAGAAAGAGCUUUUGGAAGAGGGUCGGGAAAAACAUCAUCUCGGAAACUGAUGACACGAUCAAACAGUACAACGACGCUUUGGACGGCCUUAUGCAACAAUUCCGGGACCAAGUCGAUCGGGACGUGGCCGUCUUCGUCCACGGAGAUACCCUGGAUCUCUGGGAUAUCGCUUAUGCGAAGGGCGCAGGACUAGAUACCAUGAAUCAGUGCCUACCAGGGACGCGCAUGGAGAUUCUUUCUCAGAUUACGGACUGGAUCAACGGCAGCGGAGAUGCUGCUAAACGUGUGCUGUGGCUAUAUGGCCCGCGGGCAAGGGAAAAUCAGCCAUUGCCCACACGAUCGCCAACUGGUUCAAGGAAUCGGGAGGCCUUGAUUUUCUCCACCAUCGCGCGGGAUCUCGCUGAUCGUGAUUUGGGGAUGAAGCGAGCGUUAGCGGAUGCGGUCAAGGAUGCACACUCGCUGAAGAAUACGACAGACAUCAUCCAGCAGUGGCGCGACCUGUUCAUGAAACCGCUAAAGAAGUUCUCUGCGUCAAGCGUAGGGCCUGUCUUGAUCGUGAUUGAAGCACUAGAUGAGAGCGGUGGAAAGAAGACGCGGCGCAACCUCCUCCGCAUACUUGCCGGUAGACUUCAGCACAAAGGACUUCCUCAAAUCACGGAACUUCCAUCCAACUUUCGGAUUCUCGUCACGUCUCGCCCACUUCAUGAUAUCGAAGAUACAUUUCACGGCGCUGAGCAUAUUCUACGGUUGUCGAUGGACGAGAUCCCAGCAGCAGUGGCAGAGCGCGACAUCCACACGUUCGUAUCUAAGGAGCUGAAGGGGCUACCAGAUUUUGGCGACAAAGAGCUUACAAGUCUAGCUGCAAAGGCCGAUGGAUCUUUCGAGUGGGCGCGUCUUGCUUACGAAUACAUCAAAGACGCCCCUCCAGGCGCACCCCAAAUACGUCGCUUCAAUGCUCUCGUCAUCCCCAGAGCCGGAAAGCAGAAGCACCUGUUGUACGAUAUGCUGGUCAUUUUGAAAGAAAUCAUUAAAAGGGAUCAAUAUGACGACGAGUACGAAGAAGCCCUGGCAGGGUUUCGUUCUGCGAUGGGACAGAUACUUGGCACAGUUUUUUUUUUUGAUCAACAAUUCCACCUCAGCCGGGAGAAGCACUUACUAAUUAAGUGACACCUUCGAUUCGCGCCACUGAAUCAUUGCGUGUCUUUGUUUUUUCUUCUCGCGUUUACUCGCUGUCAUUUUUGUUAGUAGAGAACCCGACGUACUUACCCCAUUUUCCGUCGAUUAGUAUCUGUUAGCGCACGUAAUGUCUAACAC